AUGGACGUUACAGAUCUAUAUACAAUGAUCCCACAAGAAGGAGGAGUAACAGCCAUUAAACGUUUGAUGGAAACAUCAAAUUUAAAACAAAUCGAUGGUGUUAAAAAAGAGAUUAUUCUAGCUCUUACCAGAUUUGUAAUGACGAAUAAUUAUUUCUAUUUUGAUGGGUCCUAUUAUAAACAAAUAAGAGGAGGAGCGAUGGGAUCGCCACUUACCCUGACAAUAGCAAAUACAUACAUGUACUUUGUUGAACGUCCAGUAUUUAAAUGGGCUCAUAGAACAUGUUCAUUAUAUUUUAGAUAUAUUGAUGAUCUAUUCAUUAUGCUUGAUAGCAAUAUUGAACUUUCCGAAUCUAUAGGAAUAACUGCAGAGUAUCUUGAUGUUAAACUUGAGAACAGAGGAGGAGUAUUGAUAACUGAAGUGUUUCACAAACCUUCACAUGAACCAUAUUCUCUUCCUUUCACAAGCACACAUGCACAACAUAUAAAAAAGAAUAUUCCUGAUGCAAUCAUUGAUUUAUAUAAUGAAACACGAUCAAUUGCUAAUCGAACUAUUGUUUUACAUGCUAUGAGAGACGACGGCGGAAAAGGUGGUUUCCCUGAUAGUAAUUCAACUGGAAAUGCCGGUGCACGUAUCGCUUGUGGUACUAUUAGUAUAACUAUGGAAGAAUCAAAUGGAAAACGAUACGCAUCAAAAGUUCCUAAAAUGGUUACUAAUUUUUUUCAAAAAUUAUUUCCAUAA